UCAGUGGACUGUAACCAAACUUCUUUUCUUUUUGGGUCCAUACUGUAACCAACUCUGUUUCUCAUAAAACCUAUUACUACCAAUUCCAUUCUCUCUCUCCCUGACUCACUUCCCCUGUGCAGAUUUUCCUCAAUUAGUUUACUUUCAGAGAUGGAUUUAUUAACUGCAAUACUGAGGGCUUCAAUGGCUUCAUUCUACUUUGUUCUCAUAUGCUUCUGUGCUCUGCUACUGAGAAUCUUUAUGGGUAAGUCACUGAAGCACCCUCAGUACCCUCCUGUAAUGGGCACUGUCUUCCACCAGCUACUCUAUUUCAACCGCCUCUAUGAUUACUACACCAAUAUCGCCCGUAAGCAUCCUACCUUCCGGCUACUCGCUCCCACCCAGAGCAAUCUCUACACUAUGGACCCUCAAAACAUUGAAUACAUCGUCAAAACCAACUUUAACAAAUACAGCAAGGGAUCCCACUUCCAUGAAAUACUAGAAGACCUCUUUGGUGAUGGUAUCUUUAAUGUUGAUGGUGAUGAAUGGCGUGAACAGAGGAAGAUUGCGAGUUUCGAGUUCUCUACCAGAGUCCUCAGGGAUUUUAGCUGUGCUGUGUUCAGAAGUAAAGCUGCCAAAUUGGCUGAGACCAUUUUGAGAUUUGCAGCCAUGAAUCAGACAUUUGACAUCCAAGACUUGUUAAUGAGAUGCUCUCUGGAUUCUAUAUUCAAAGUUGGGUUUGGGGUGGACUUGAAUUGCUUGGAGGGUUCAAGUGAAGAGGGGAGAGCAUUCACCAAGGCUUUUGAUGAUUCAAAUCGACAUUUAUGCUUGCGCUUUGUUGAUCCUUUUUGGAAGCUGAGAAGGAUUCUUAAUUUGGGGUCUGAAGGUGCUCUUAAGAAGAACAUAAAGAUCAUGGAUGAUUUUGUGCUUGGAGUUAUCAGCAACAGGAGGAAACAGAUGUUUGAGCUACAAAGCUAUAAUGACAAGGAGGACAUACUUUCAAGGUUUCUGGUGGAGAGCAAGAGAGACCCACAGAGGAUAACUGAUCAGUAUCUCAAGGACAUAAUUCUGAAUUUCAUGCUCGCCGGAAAAGAUACUAGUGCAGGGACACUCUCCUGGUUCCUCUACCUGCUCUGCAAGCACCCUCUGAUACAAGAAAAAGUUGCAGAAGAAGUAAGAGAAGUCAUCGAUUGUAAGGAGAAUGGAACUAACAUCAACGAUUUCGUGGAGUGGUUAACUGAUACAGCAUUACAGAAAAUGCAUUAUCUCCAUGCAGCCCUAACAGAGACUUUGAGGCUAUACCCUGCCCUCCCUGGGGAUGGGAGGUGUGCAGACACAGAUGAUGUUCUCCCUGAUGGUUUCAGAGUGAAGAAAGGAGAUGGUGUGUUCUACUUGGCCUAUGUUAUGGGCAGGAUGACUUACAUAUGGGGUGAGGAUGCUGAGGACUUCCGACCGGAGAGAUGGCUUGACAAUGGAGUUUUCCGGCCAGAAUCACCUUUCAAAUUUGUGGCAUUUCAUGCCGGCCCUCGAAUCUGUUUGGGGAAGGACUUUGCGUAUCGACAGAUGAAGAUAGUUGCUAUGGUCCUUCUUCGCUUCUUUCGGUUCAGAUUUGCAGAUGAAACGAAACAAGUAACAUACAAAACCAUGCUCACACUUCACAUUGAUGGUGGCCUCCAUCUUACCACAAUUCCUAGAGUUGUGUUUGACAAAUUCUGAUCUAUGAAGGACAAUUGUGAUCAAGGAACAAAUUAUAGACUUAUUUCUAUUUCAACAA